UUUGAUGUUGUCUUGUGGUCAAUACAGCAGUGGAGGACAGGAAGCUGUUUAUUGGAAUGAUCUCAAAGAAGUGUAAUGAGAACGACAUCCGACUGAUGUUCUCCCCAUACGGACAGAUAGAGGAGUGCCGAAUACUUCGAGGCCCUGAUGGACUCAGCCGAGGGUGUGCGUUUGUGACUUUCACAGCGAGACAAAUGGCCCAGUCUGCCAUCAAGUCCUUGCAUCAGUCCCAGACUAUGGAGGGAUGUUCAUCACCCAUUGUGGUCAAGUUUGCAGACACUCAGAAGGACAAGGAACAGAAGCGCAUGGCCCAGCAGCUGCAGCAGCAGAUGCAGCAGCUCAGUGCUGCUUCCAUGUGGGGAAACCUCACUGGCCUCAACAGCCUUGGUCCACAGUACCUAGCACUCUACCUACAGUUGCUGCAGCAGUCAGCUUCCUCAGGGAACGCACUCAACAACUUGCACCCGGUUUCAGGUCUUCAUGCCAUGCAGAACCUGGCUGCUUUAGCAGCAGCAGCAACUGCCACACAGGCCACGCCCACAGGAACCAACACCAUGACAACAUCUAGUAGCCCUCUAAGUGCAUUAACAAGUUCAGGGUCGUCCCCCACCUCCAGCAGCAACUCCUCAGUGAACACCAUUGCUUCCUUGGGGGCGCUGCAGUCUCUGGUUGCUGGUGCUGGAGCAGGCCUUAACAUGGGCUCCCUGGCAGGCAUGGCAGCUCUGAAUGGUAGUCUUAGCUCUGGAGGCCUAUCCAAUGGCUCAGGAAGCACCAUGGAGGCACUGAGCCAGGCCUACUCAGGCAUCCAGCAGUACGCUGCUGCUGCCCUCCCCAGCCUGUAUAACCAGAGCCUGCUGUCCCAGCAGAGCGUCUCAGCAGCAGGCAGCCAAAAAGAAGGUCCAGAGGGUGCCAACUUGUUCAUUUACCACCUGCCCCAGGAGUUUGGUGACCAAGACCUGCUCCAGAUGUUCAUGCCUUUCGGAAAUGUCAUAUCUGCUAAAGUCUUCAUUGACAAACAGACAAACCUGAGCAAGUGUUUUGGCUUUGUGAGCUAUGACAACCCUGUGUCAUCACAGGCAGCCAUCCAGUCAAUGAAUGGUUUCCAGAUCGGCAUGAAGAGGCUGAAGGUGCAGCUGAAGCGCUCAAAGAACGACAGCAAGCCCUACUGAAGGUGCGAGGCACUGCAGACUUAGUUAGGCAGGGUGGUGUUAUGGUAAGUGGAGUAUGAUUAAUCAACUGAGAGCAGUCAGUCAGAACGAGUCUGUGCAUUAAAGGUGAUGAGGCUGCGCUGCCUCCCCUGGUCAUGACUCUAACAUGUCCAGGCAAAGAGACACUUGAAGCUAUAUGCAAGAUUUUUCAAGCUAUACUGGAUUCCUUCUGUGUUUUGUGUGGUUUAUGCACUUUGUUAUUGUUUGAACAAAUAAGACAAACAGGUGUAUUUUUAUUUAAGUUGAAAUGUAAUCAGUUUGCUGUGGUACAUAAUGCACAUAUGGGUUGAUUGUUAGGAUGUGUUGCAUAUUGACAUUCAGGAGUCAAAUUGAUGCCUUUUAUUGUUCUUCGUGUUGACCAUCCCUUGCACCGCCCAGACUCUGAAUAAAAGUCUGGAAAACACAGAGCUUCUAUAGAUAAGGAAACCAGAAUAAUUCAUAGGUUUUCUUUGGCAUUGUCACAAACCAAAAUCUGUGUUACUGCUUCUUGUGUAUAUUAGGUGUCUGUUUUACCUUGUGAAAUGGAGCCAAUGGAUGUGGUACAUACAUUGGACUGUUCAGGGUAAGGAAAGGUAAAGAAGCCUAUAUUUUUUUAUAAGGAGGAGCCCCACCAAAUCAUGCAUGGUACAUAUUGCAAAACACAUCCUGUUAGAUGGAGAAAGUGAGAGGCUGUUGUACUCAGAUAGAUGUUUCCAUUUACUUUUCUCAGGCAUAUGUUUAGAUACGUUUAAAGAUUUGGCUCAUGUGGAUGGUACACAUUUGGUUCUGUUGAAUACAAACAUUGUAAGGGCUAGUAAGGCACGCAUUGCUAAUACAAUUGAAACUAAGGAAUUGUUUGAAUUAGAAGGUAAGGAAACACUUUGUCUUGUUGGACUAAGCAGAAGACUCACUCUAAACAGGUUAUUACUCCAACAUGGGUGUUGUUUUUACAGACAGCCAUUCAUGCUUUAGUAAGCUCUUGACUGUCACAGGAGAGCUGUUUCUCCUUUUCUCUGGAAGCUGCUGCUCCCUACUGUCAAACCAGAUUAUGUUGACAUGAUAGAAGUUGAAGUGACCCAAUGCAAAUGGACUUAAACACCCAUCAUUGCCACACACACUCUGGCUCACACCUUUUCAAUUCCUCACAAAGAACCAUGGUGUUAGGGAGUCCCAACUAAACAAACAGAGAUUUGGCGAUGCGCCUCCUGCAGAUUGAGUAACAGGUCCGGGGCCUUAUGAGGCUAUGAAAACAAACCAUCAGCCUAAGCCAUUUUUAAGAUGAACAUCCCACAGCCACAUCUUCUGUGAUUGGAGAACUCGUAUACAUGCCAAAAUUGCUCAAGACAAAACUGUUAGCUGCAUAGAAACAUCUGUUUUUUUAAGAGCUUAGAAGCAAGACAGUGAGAUGUAUAUUUAAACUAUGAUGCCUUUUCUAUUUUUAUAUAGGUUUUAUACUUCCCCUUGUGUUGGGGAACUAUUUAUUGCCUAAAUUAUUUAUCUGAAUUGAAACUAUUUUGACAGACAAAAGUCCAACAACACUGUUUGAUAUCCUGGUGUAUGUUCUCCUCUUGCUUGUUGUGUGUUUUUUCUUUCAGUGAAGUGUACUUUGUGUCACUGCUGCAUGGAUUGUGUGUGUAGGAUCCAUCAGUGCUGCUACAUACUACAAAAAAACCCCUCUCUGGUCAACUAGUAGGAUCUGGUGUUUGUUUCUCUGGCUCCGUGCUAAGGAUUUGUCGACUAUUGUGCUUUGAAAUUGUGGAGGCUUUUAGAAAGGCAGAGGGCAUAUACAUUGUAAGAUUGGCAUUAUAUACAUGUAAUUGGAAAGACAAUCGUUGCAUCUCUUAAAUCAAAUAAACUUCAUGAGAGCCCAACUGAUACAUUGGUUGAUAUCCAAAAGGUGUGUGCCAAUAAGGAAAGUGUUUUUACAGAACAUUUAAUGCAAAAAAAACAAUGAUUGGGCUGUUUUAGACAUUAUCUCAUUAAACUUGUUGGAUUUGGAUGCAGAGCUCUUAUUACUCUAUAGACUGAUUACACAGUCUACAAUCCUUUCCCAAAGUUGCAGAGCGUAACAGAAGAUCGGUGGUUCACACAAGGAUGAUUGAGAAUGUAGAGUAAUGUUAACUAUCCCUUGUGAAAAGUAAAUUGUUUAAGAAUCCUCCCAAAAAAAUAUGUACCAUGUAUGUCUAAAACAGGGCAAUAUUACUCAACAUUUCUCAAACAGCAAAUGAUGUAUUUAGUGAUAUCUUUUCUUCGUUUCCGUUAGCCAUUAGUCUCAAUUUAUUUAUUUCAUGCUUCCAAAUAAGUUUAAAUUCUCGCUGAAAUGAUCUCGUCCAUCCAAGUGAACAGCAAGUCUACAUUGUUCUCUAUCAGUUACAUUUGAUUUCAUCCAGUCAAUCUUUAGUCAUUUUUUUAAAACUGUCACUGUCUGCAAGUAGAUGUUUUCUAAAACUUGCAGCAAAGAAUUAAAAACUAGUAUGUCAACAUACCAAAACACAUUAAAGGAUUUAAACAGACUUUCUCUCUAUCCACUGAUGAUUGUUUGCAGUCCGACUGAAACUUGGAACGUACAAAAGAGCUUUAUAAACAAGAUUGUUAAAAUAAAUCCUGAAAGACACUGGAGGCAGAGCAGGUAAGCUAAAACUAUGCUUACAAUCAAUCGCAGCUAUGUUAGCCUUGGUAGCUGCGAUGUAGCUGUGAGGUGGACAAACUAUGGAGGCCCGGUUGGACCUGCAUGUUGUGUGUCUCUCAUUAGUUUUUGGUAGCAUACGGCACGUCCUCACUCAAUGGUUGAGUGUAAGGUGAUAGAUGCUCAUUCUGUGUGUCUUUCCUCUCCUGUCUGUGAUCCAUUGCUGUUUAACCCAAGUGUGUUUCCCUGUUGUGCUUUGUCUGUUUGUUUUCUCCAGAUCUCUCACCUGUUUGCCCUAACAUGUUGAUGUGGUGUCACAGUUCAUCGUCCAAUCUUUGUCUCCUUCACUUAUCUGAUGUUCCAUAUUCACCUUGACCCUGUUGGUUUUGACUUUAAUAACCAGAAGUGCUUUUUUGUUUCCCGUAUGCUGUGCUGCCACCUGGGGCGCUAGAAAGACUGCCAUCAAACAUUUUGGAAAGUUAGAAAUAUUAGAAAGAAAGAAUCUAUUUUUUCUAGAGCUGACUGACAUAACUGCUAGGUUUUUACAAAAUCAUUUUCACAUGAGUCUAACCUUCACUUUUGUUAUUUUUCACGUGUGUUGUGGGACAGUCCUCCCAGUGCCCCAUCCUUUUUUUUCCUCUUCUGUGUGAAAGCAGCUAUUGUUUUUCUAGGCAAUGUUUGCGUAAAUGAUUGUGUUGUGUGUGUGUGUUGAUUGAGUUUUCAUGCAACUUGGUGAUCUUUUGUUGUUGAACAUUUGCAAUUUAUUUUUGUUCUAGCUGAAGGUUCAUCCUUUUAAAGUUCACAUUUGGGUGAUGUAACAAGGAGGCAGCAUUGUUAAUUGUCUGUGUAAAUAAAAGUAGUUUUUACUUUUCGCCUCAAAACCACGAGAACACCAUGCAGUUCUGCUCUUUUUUUGUGUGGAGGAAUAAGACACAAAGACUUUUGUCACUAUAUAUUUAGGAUGCACGUUUUUUUUUUUAUAACUGCACUGAAAUUCUUGGCAAAAAUGUCAUCAAGUUUGUGUAAGUUAAAAAUGAUGAAUAAACUGGUGCCAAAUGUU